CCGCUGCGCCGCCGGCCCCGCCCGCCGCCGCCAUGGCCGGUAAGCCCCGCAGCGGCUGCGAGGCGCUCCGGGUGGUGGCCCGGUGCCGGCCCAUGAGCCGGCGGGAGGAGGCGGCGGGAUACGAGCGCGUCCUGGAGCUGGACGUGAAGCUGGGCCAGGUGAGCAUCCGCAACCCCCGCGCCGCCCCCGGGGAGCUGCCCAAGACCUUCACCUUCGACGCCGUGUACGACGCCAGCUCCAAGCAGGCCGACCUCUACGAUGAGACGGUGCGGCCGCUCAUCGACUCGGUGCUGCAGGGCUUCAACGGCACCGUCUUCGCCUAUGGCCAGACCGGCACCGGCAAGACCUACACCAUGCAGGGCGCCUGGGCGGAGCCCGAGAAGCGCGGCAUCAUCCCCAGCGCCUUCGAGCACAUCUUCACCCACAUCUCCCGCUCGCAGAACCAGCAGUACCUGGUGAGGGCCUCGUACCUGGAGAUCUACCAGGAGGAGAUCAGGGACCUCCUCGCCAAGGACCAGAGCAAGAAGCUGGAGCUGAAGGAGAACCCCGAGACCGGGGUGUACAUCAAGGACCUCUCCUCCUUCGUGACCAAGAACGUCAAGGAGAUCGAGCACGUGAUGAACCUGGGCAGCCAGACGCGCUCCGUGGGCAGCACCAACAUGAACGAGCACAGCUCGCGCUCCCACGCCAUCUUCCUCAUCACCAUCGAGUGCAGCGAGACGGGGCCGGACGGCGAGGAGCACAUCCGCGUGGGCAAGCUCAACCUCGUGGACCUGGCCGGCAGCGAGCGCCAGAACAAAAUGGGGGCCCACGGAGAGCGCCCCAAGGAAGCCUCCAAGAUCAACCUCUCCCUCUCGGCCCUGGGCAACGUCAUCUCGGCGCUGGUGGACGGCCGGAGCACGCACAUCCCCUACCGGGACUCCAAGCUCACCCGCCUGCUGCAGGACUCCCUCGGGGGCAACGCCAAGACAAUCAUGGUGGCCACCUUGGGCCCGGCCUCGCACAGCUACGACGAGAGCCUCUCCACCCUCAGGUUCGCCAACAGGGCCAAGAACAUCAAGAACAAGCCCCGGGUGAACGAGGACCCCAAGGACACCUUGCUGCGGGAGUUCCAGGAGGAGAUCGUGCGGCUGAAAGCCCAGCUGGAGAAACGCGGGAUGCUGGGCAAGAAGAGGAGGAGGAGCAGCCGGAGGAAGAAAGCGAUGGAUGGAGAGGGCACCGUGGACAAUGAAGGGGAGGACGAGAAUGAGGAUGGCCUGGAGAAGACCAUGGAGAAUUACUUGAAGGAGCAGAAGGAGAGGCUGGAAGAGGAGAAAGCCGCUAUCCAGGAUGACCACAGCCUGGUGAGUGAGGAGAAGCAGAAGCUGCUCCAGGAGAAGGAGAAGAUGAUAGAGGACCUGCGGAAGGAGCAGGAGGCCACGGAGCUGCUGGCCAUCAAGUACAAGGCCAUGGAGAGCAAGCUGCUGAUCGGGGGCAGGACCAUCGUGGACCACACCAACGAGCAGCAGAAGAUGCUGGAGCUGAGGCGGCAGGAGAUCGCCGAGCAGAAACGCCGGGAACGCGAGAUGCAGCAGGAGAUGCUGCUGAGGGACGAGGAGACCAUGGAGCUGCGCGAGACCUACACGUCCCUGCAGCAGGAGGUGGAGAUCAAAACCAAGAAGCUCAAGAAGCUCUACGCCAAGCUGCAGGCUGUGAAGGCUGAGAUCCAGGACCAGCACGACGAGUACAUCCGCGUGCGCCAGGACCUGGAGGAGGCCCAGAACGAGCAGACACGGGAGCUGAAGCUCAAGUAUUUGAUCAUCGAGAACUUCAUCCCUCCCGAGGAGAAGAACAAGAUCAUGAACCGCCUGUACUUCGACGGCGAGGAGGACCAGUGGAAGUUCCAGCCGCUGGUUCCCGCCGGAGGGAGCAGCUCCCAGAUGAAGAGGCGCCCGACCUCGGCCGUGGGCUACAAGAGGCCCAUCAGCCAGUACGCCAGGGUGGCCAUGGCCAGGAGGUCCCACCCCCGCUUCCGGGCUGAGAACAUCAUGUUCCUGGAGCUGGACCUGUCUCCCCCAGCCAUCUUUGAGUUUGAGCGCAGCAGGGACCCUGCGGCGGAGCAGGACCCGCGGGCGCUGCACCUGGAGCGGCUGAUGCACCUGGACAGCCUCCUGGAGCGGCCGGCGGCCUCCCGCGUGCGCAAGUCCCGCUCCUGGUGCCAGACGCCGCGGUCGCUGCCGUCCUCCACCACCCACGUGUCCCUGGCCUCCAGCUCCCCGUGUGCCGCCCCUCUGCCGGCCCAGGAGUGACCGCCUGGACGCCUCGUCCCGGACUGAGCCCCCGAGGGCCGAGGGGGGCCCGGCCCAGCGGCCCCAGCUCGUCCUUGUCCUCAGCUACUUUGUGUGUGUUUGUGCGAGACACGAACGGCCCCGGGCCAGGGCGGCUGCCCCUCCCUCCCGCCCUCCCUCUCUCCCGCCCUCCCUCUCUCCUCCCUCUCUCCUCCCCUCCCCUUCUCCCCUCCCUCCUGCCCUUCCUCCGCCCCCCUGAUCCGGAUCUGUCACUUUAUUUAUUUAACCUAUUUAUUUAUGGAGCGGGUGACGUGCAGAGGCAGGAUUUGUGCUCGGACUGAUGGACAUCCAGGCUGGCAGUGGGCAUCGUGCUGACCCCCCCCGGGUUUGCCCAGCUCCCAGCCCUGCCCACACUGCCUGGCACAGGGCCGGGCAUGGGGACACCACCCUGGCACAGGGCUGGGCAGAGGGACAGCACCAGGACACUGCUCCAUCCCGGCAGGAGGGGCAUGGGUCCCUCUGCAGGGGCUCUGGCAGAAGCUGAGGCUGCCCCGGCCCCUGGUGCUGGCUUGGCUGUGCUGGAUCCCAGGGAAUUCGGAGAUUUCUGCAUGGAUUGGGAGACUUUGUGGUGGCAGUGCCUUGUCAGAGUCCCCCAGAGGGACAUCCAGCCUGCAUCGACUCUGGUGGCAGCGGGGACACCUGACCCACUGUGGGCACGGCUGGCACUGCAGGAGCACCAGCUCCAUCCACAGGGCUUGCAGAGUCACCAGACCAAGUCACCCAAAGGCCAGGGCUUUGUCCAGCUGUGCCACGCCCUGGGGACACUCCGGGGACACUGGAGACAGCCCCAUCGAGGCUCCGUGGGUGUGCAGCUCCUGACACGGCCCGAGGUGGAAAUCUGGAAAUCUCCACCCCCUGCAGGGACACGCCCAGCCGGGGAGCAGCGCUGCCUGCCGAGCUCCGGGCUGCCAGAGGCUCCAUCGGCAGCCAAAGGCGACAGGGAAGUUGUGGGACAAGGAGGUGACACCCAGAGCAGCGAUGGCAUCGCUGUUCCCUGGAUAAUAGCACACGGAGGUCACCUCUGUCACCUCCUGGUUGGGACAAACUCCCUGGUGGGUUGUGGAGGACUGGAUGUGGAAUGGUGAUGGGUAAGGGGGGAAGCCACGAGGGCUCUGGGGGUUGAAUCCUGCCCCAGCAGCUGCAGGGACAGCGCUCGGUGUUCCUGCAGGACACGGGUGGAGGGUGGAGGGACGCUGGUGAAGCAGCUGUGGUGUCCCUGGGAUGGUGGAGGUGGGGACAUCCCUGUGAUGGAUGAGAUCCUUGUGGAUGAGGGAGCGACCCCUGGCUCUCCCGGGUCAGGGAGGGCAGGUCGGAGAGGAUUGCAGGUGGGGAAUGUCCUCUGGCAACAGAGAAUUCCUGCACAGGGUGGCUGAGGUUGGAAGGGACCCUGGAGCUCAUGCAGUCCCUGGAGCAGUUACUCAGGGAUGUGUCCAGGUGGGUUUGGAAUCUCCCAGGGAAGGAGACUCCAGCACUGUUCUGGGCAGGCUGCUCUUCACUGUUGGACUGGUCCCUGUCCUGCACUCAGGACAGGGGUGAGGGGAGCGAGGGAGCAAGGCACAGGCCUGGAAUGGGGACAUCCAGAGGGAAGCAGGAGCUGUGCCGAGCUCAGAGCCAGGCAGGUCCCUCAGCAGCCGUGUCCCAUCCACACGUGGCUGUGCUGGGCCAUCCACUGCCCUUCCCAGCUGUCCUGACACAUCCCUGCACUGCCCAGGGCAUCCUCUCCCCUUCCAUCUCACACUGUCCUGCCUCGAGCUCCCCAUCAUUGCCCUCUGCUCCCCCCUUCCCUUCCCAUCUGUGCCCCAUAACACCCUCUGUCCCCUUCUCCCCCAGCCUGGCACCUUGGCAGGCUGUGGCUUGCUCCGAGGACUGAGCUCCCUCCUCUGGCAGCAGCCAGGCCCAGGCUGUGCCCAGCCUGGCGGGAGGGAGCAGGGGAAGGUGCUGCAGGAGUGACAGCUGGGUCCCUCCCCUGCUGUGGGGUCAGGGCUGGCCACAGGUACCUCCACAGCCAGGGGUGUCCCAGGGCAUCCCCCAGAGCAUCCCCCAGAGCGAGCUGGCCCAGGGAAACCAUCCCAGCCAGGCCAAGGCCAGGCUGGGCAGGGCUUAGAGCAGCCUGGGAUAGUGGAAGGUGGCCCUGCCAUGGCAGGGGUGGCACUGGAUGAGCUUUAAAGUCCCUUUGAGCCCAAACCAGUCUGGGAUUCCCUGAUUCUGUGGAACACAGUGGUUGGGAGAGCUGGUUUGUUAUUUUCUGGAAAGCAUCUGGGAGUUGGGGUCAGGAAGCACAGACUCAGAAUGAGGGGAAGCUUGGGGGCCUGCAGGAAUAGAAUUUCCUCCCUUCCUUGAUUUCUAGCAGUCCCAGUUCCCCUUCAGUGGAUCAGCAGCUCAUGGAGCCCCAGAGUGAUGAACCAGAGACCUUCUCUGGCCUCUGUUCUCACCCAGGGUGUGGGAAACAACUCAGGAGCUGAGGGUGUCCUGAUGCCCCAGGCCAUGGAUCAUCCUGGGAAGGGUGGCUGUGCCUAGGAAGGGUGGCUGUGGUCACAGAGGGAUCCUCGGGAAGCCCUUCCAGCAGAGCUGUGGUCACAGUGGGAUCCUCGGGAAGCCCUUCCAGCAGAGCUGUGGUCACAGAGGGAUCCUUUGGAAGCCCUUCCAGCAGAGCUGUGGUCACAGUGGGAUCCUGUGGAAGCCCUUCCAGCAGAGCUGUGGUCACAGUGGGAUCCUGUGGAAGCCCUUCCAGCAGAGCACAGGCCGGGAGCCGCCAGCGCAGGGGAUGGGAUGAGGCACUUCCAGCACGCAAGGGCCGCUCCGGAGCCUCCCGAGCCCUCCCCUAGCCGCGGCGCUGCCGGGAGCUGUCCCCGCACACACCGGCUCGGGCUGUCGGUGCCGUUCGCUGUCCGUGUGUCCCAGCGGGGCUGUUCCUCAGGCCAGGGGCUGGGCCGGGGCUUCCUUUUGUUGUUGUUGAACUGUUCUUUUGGGGUUCAGGUUUGGCCGUUUUUCCGCGGGGAGGGGGGUGCGGGUCUGUUGCGGGUUCAUGGACAAGGUGAGGGCCUCGAUUAGGACCAAAUUUUCGUGCCUGUUGCUCUGGUGAUUUAUUUAGAAAUCAAAAGUUUACUGUCUGGUGGCCCAUCCUUGUCACUCUAUACAUAGGACUAUACAGGACAUAUUAUAAAUAUAUAUAUAUUAUACAUAGUGUCGGGAGAGAGGCCGUUCCUGGCGGGAUGGACACUCCUCACUGUGCUGUAAUGUAGCUUCGAGCCCGCGCUGGGAGCGCCCUCCAGGAUGGCAAGGACACAAUAAAGGAAUGAGCAUCA